CCGGGGGCUGGGGAGGGGCCAGAGCAGGUGAACAUUAACCUGGGGCAGUGCCAGGUGUCCCCAGCAGCGCAGCACCCCAGGAGCACACAGGAUGAGGGGACUCCGUGCCCACUACCACCUCCUGCCUGACCAGGAUGAGGAGCAGCCCACAGAGUGCACGGAGCCAGACAGUGAGGAGCAGCCAGGCUGGGAGGGGGCUCCGGUGACACCCCCAGCCCCAGAGGAGCCAUGCAGGCUGGUGCUGAGCACGCCAAGCAGCAUCCUGCAGGAAAGGGAGAUUGAGGAGCUGGGCCCCCACCUGCCCACCCGGCUGCAGCAGCAGCCCUGGAGCCUGCUGUACUGCACUGCGCGGGAUGGCUUCAGCCUGAGGACCCUGUACCGGUGCACCGGCCAGCUGAGCUCCCCAGCACUGCUGCUCAUCCGUGACACCGAGGCUCAGGCCUUUGGUGCCUUCUCCACCAGCCCCAUUCAUGUGAGCAGUGGCUUUUAUGGCACAGGGGAGACAUUCCUCUUCUCCUUCUCCCCAGAGCUAAAGGUGUUCAGGUGGACGGGAAGGAACAGCUUCUUCCUGAAGGGAGACACGGACCUGCUGAUGGUCGGCGGGGGCAGCGGCAAGUUUGGGCUGUGGGUGGACGGGGAUCUGCACCACGGAGGGAGCUGCCCCUGCGAGACCUUCAACAACGAGAGCCUCUCAGCGCGGGGGGAGUUCUGCAUCCAGGACCUGGAGGUGUGGGGCCUGGCCUGACGGGCAGCAGUGCCACAGGACGCGCCUGAAACUACGGUUCUCGGAGCCGACAGAGCUGUGCCCCGUCCUGCAGGCACCGGGAAGGGCGGUGCGGACGGAACCCUGCAGGAUGCCGGCCCUGCAGCGGGGUGCUGUGGUGCAUGCGGUGCCCUGCAGGGCCAGCCCUGCCUGCAGCACCUUUGGACACAGCCUGGCAGAGAUGGGCACAGCCCCCAGAAGGGCAUGAGUCAGGAGCCGUGUGUGUGCUGGGGGAGAAGUGAGCACCUGGGACGGCCCUGUCCCACCAGCUGCUGCCCUCAGGACAGUGGGAGAGGGGCUGGUGUGUGAAAGGCUGCUGGCCACCAAUAAAUGGGAAGAGCUGCGCUCUGAGCCUCGUCCUUAUUGCCAAAAUAACAGUGCCAUGAAGCUGUAUACAGAAAGCAGCAGCUUCAGGUAAAACCUGUGUUGGAAAUAUCCAAAUACUGUAUCAGGACGGUAUCUCUGAUAAAGCAGAUUUUAGUGCAAUUGCGAUGGCGGGCCUCCUGCAAGCAGGAGAGCACCCAGAAAACAGUGUUCCAUUUUUAUUUCCUGUUGCCCGACGCUGAUCUCUUUCUCCCCUCGUUCCUCAUUGGCUGAGUACUUUAGGUUCACAAUCUUCUCGACGCUUCACUGAACAAGCAAAUACUGGACAAACAUAAA